AUGUCAUCGCCAGCAUCAGAUCAGCCGGCCCAAGAUGCGACAGAAGUGCCACGCCGCGUCUCACCCUCCAGACAUGCCAAUGCGACAGCAACGACAAAUAAGCGGGCGUCGGCCCCGGCUGCGACGGCCCCGAAGAGCGCACCCGCUACCCCCAGCAAUGGCUCGCCCCCCAAGAAGAAGACGGAGCCAAGUCUCUUAGGAGACUUCUUUCUCGGGCGCCAAUCGCCAGCUCGCGUGGCGGCGCUAAAACAACGCCGGAAGAGCAUGGCAGCGGACGCGGCUCACGUACGGGAGGAAUUGCGACAGGAAAUGCGAGCGGCUGCUGUGCGGCGGGUCCAACAACCUGGUGGAGUGACGGAUCGCGUCAAGGCAUGGCAAAAGGCGAACGUAACAGCCAUGAAGAACCAAGGAGGCGGAAUACCCCACGCCGAAGACGUCGCGAGCGAACCGACUGAGGUCGGUGCCCAGAUUUCAACCCAGAGCGUCACGGAGGAAGACCGGGUACGCAUCAAGAUGCGGAAAAGGCCAAAAAAGAGAAGGGCCAAGACCAACAAGCCGGAAGACAAGGAAAGCAAGGAAAGCGGCGAGGGAGAUGGGGAUGAGACCGAACGGGGGGGGUCAGCCAGCCCCUCCCCAGAAGAAUCACCUAGCAAACCCCCAGUGGUGAAACUAGCGCCGAAGAAGAGGAUUGACUGGGCACAGCGGGUCGAAGCCCCGCAACCUCAGCCCGUCAAAACGAAGCAGUACCGGCACCGAAAAUCUGGCGCGACCGUGACCGUCGAGGAGGAUCCUCCGAGCGUCGUGACAUCCGAUCCGGGAAUCGAAACUACAAAGAAACCGGCCCAAGAUGACGGAAUUCGUGUUAAGCCCACGAGGCUAAGGAAACCGAAUCAUGGCCCCGAUGAUGGGAUCAGGGUGGCCCCCAUCCGCAAGAAGGGGUCGGUUGAUGACGGCAUCCGGGUACGCCCAAUCGACACAAAGGCCAACGACGAUGGGAUUCGGGUACGCCCAAUCGAUAGCCCCCUAGAAGACAAAAACACCCCAAGCGGCGCCAGGGCGUCAACGCUGAGCGAUGACUCCUCAAGCAGCCCUACAUCAUCUAGACGAAGCUCCAGGAGGAGGCGUGCCAGAGCCUCGACCACGAGACAAAACCAAAAAUCGAGCCCCAAGGGCGUAGUUGAGGUGGUGGAGGACCCGGAUACCGAGGUUCAGACCCCAACAAAGAGGAAACCAUCCCGACGGCGUUCUAGGCGGCGGAGCCCUGGCUCCAAACCCACCACGCAAGCCACGGAGCCCCCCGCCGACCCGGCGUCGGGGUCUGACAAGGUGCCUCACGUGUCGGUACAAGCCUGCUCCGAUGAAGAUUCCGAAGUGGCCCCGCCCACGGUGCUGGGGAACAAGUCGUUGGCGGACAUUCCAUUUGGGUACUCGGCAUUUAGCGAGCUGGAGCUGCCUUUGGGCGCCGAUGCUAGAAAUAGUGCCAGCCGAAAACCGAGGGCCCAGCGGAACCCUAGCCUCAAGGCCGUACCGAAUGUUUUGAAGAAGGUCGUGACUGGGGCCAAAGACAUGAUUCAAGAGAUGGCCGAACCACCAAAACCGGUUGUCAGCAACAAACCACAAAGCAUCGAGUCUUGGCUGAAUGAUACGGUUGACCCGUUCGUUGAGCCCACCGCGCGCUCACCGGUUGCCCAGGAACCCGUACCGAAAGCGGCUGUUGAAAACACCAGCAUGGCCUCGAAAUCGCCAGAACCUGCGGUGAAUACCCAGAGUAAACCACCAUCACGACCAUCCUCAAGGCACGUGUCUCGACCGCCAGCCGGGAGCCAGCCAGUAGCGCCCGUCGAGUCUACCGUGACGAAGAGUUCGAGUUCGCAAGAAAGCACGGAAGGACCAUGGGAAGAUAGCGAUGUGACACCGAAGAAGGCCAAGGCUCCGUCCCCCCCUAUGACGGGGCUUAAAAGGAGACGUGCCACUAGAGCAGUCACAUCACCAGCGAAGCCCAGUGGCAAAAAGGCGUUUCGAGACCUCCUUAAAGACGCCUUUCGGGGAGAAUCUGGUGGCCAUAAGCUCCCGCCUAUGGUGUACCCCAGUUGCGAAACCGACGAUGACAACGGUGGCAGCGAGUUUGAGCGAGAAGACUACGAAUCCACGACCGUUGGCAAAGGGCCGCCGGUUUCUGAUUACUCUUCGUACUACUCAUCGGCAUACGACUCAACCCUUUCUUCCGAUCUCUCGAGCCAGGUUCCCUACCGAUCACGACCACCAACAAAAGGUGUUCAUGAGUUGUCGACGAUUGUGUCCGAGGAAUCCAGCGCCGUCGGCUCGGAGGCCCUCUCCGAUGUUUCCCAAACGACUGUCACUCAAACAACGGCAUUUACAAAGUCAACCAGCCUUUCACGGCGAAAGAGCCAGAAGCCGGGUCUUAAGCGUCGCCUGACAAAACAUUCGGAUCUUGUCUCUGUGCUUUCGUUGCCGGACGAUGGGCAGCUCGUUCCACCAAGGCGAUCCAAAAGCAUCAAGUCGUCGCACAGCCUCCACCGCAAACCGAGCAGGGCAAACAAGAGUAAGGCAGAUGAACUGCUCGACGAGUUCGCAGAUGACGAGCAUUUUUAUGGAAGAGAGCUAAAAGCUCUGGUUGACGGCGUUAUCCCUGUCCUCUUACGGGACGUCAUGAAUGGUGGUGCCGAUGACUUGAGAUCGGACGCCGCGGUCAAGUCCGUUGUGAAUAUGGGCAUGGCGCUUGAAAAGCUGAGGACCUUCCACCGACAGGUCCCCCUUUCCAGCAUCACCGAGUUGUUGUUCUGGCUUGACGAUGUCUCCCCAGUUUACAAUGGUUACCUCGACGUCUGGCGGCUCGGAUUUCAGGGGCUGGCCAUUAACCUUGCGCCAAAGCACGGCGGGUUUGACGACGAUGACUCGCUCUUAAACGCCCUCCCUCUCAAUGAGGAGGGGGACAUCAUCGGUGAGAAUGGAGAGCGUGUGGAUGUUGCAUAUCUCCUUAGGCGGCCGUUAAUUAGAGUCAAAUGGGUGGUCAAAUUUCUCCGAGCGGCAGUGGCAGUCACCGAAGCCCGGGAAGCUCAGCGUCUACUGUCGGUGUUCAUGGCGUUGCAGGAGAAGGCCCGCAAGCGGCACCGAGAAGAAACCGCCCGCUUGAUGGACGAAGACGCCAACAGCACCGAUACCUCCCGAUGCCGCGAUCUUCGAAAUCUGUUGCCCCUAGACGGAGUCAUGGUGAACCGGACACGCCAGGUGGCAGCAUUAGAUGUCUUUUCUCUGGACUUGGAUCAUUCAAACGGCCAGCGGUUGGGGUGCCAGGUCGAGAUUAUUUUCCGAGACAGACCAUCUUUCCCCGAGGACAGGGGCGACAUUUUGAUCAGGGAGCUCGGGAAUGGAGCCCGAUCAUGGUUGUUGUUUCCCCCGGUACCCAGGCAAUACAUCUCGGCUCGUCUUGGGGAUGAGGACGACGAUUCUCUUGUUGUGAUGAUACGAGGAAGCCACAACGGGAAUGAAUGGUUCGAGCUCCUCAAAAUAUCGACAAAUAACGAGGAACAGAUCGAUUACUGGCUUCGUAUUUUGGGGAGCCACCCGAUCCCCCCCAUCACUAGGAGUAGGCCUGCUAGCAUGGUGCUCGGAUCAGCAUCGCCCAAAUCAGUGGCGAUGGACGUCCCUGUUGGCGAACGCAAAGUGAGUACGUCGAGUCUGGGAUCAUCCAAUACAGAGCGGCCCACAACACCCUCUUCCCGGCCACGCCCACGGUCGCCGUCGGACGGAUCUGCCGCCGAGGAAUGCGCUGAGGACCACCUGGAGGAACAUGACGACGAGCCCUCGUGGGACAGCCACUCCGUGGACGCGCCCAAAUCUGCGAAAGCGCCACCCAACACGAAGCCCUAUCGUGAGGAUGGAGCUCCUCCCCCGCCUAUUCAUCGCACGCUUGGGCCGAAGAGCUCCGGGCUUCUAGCCCCCCCGGUUGAUUCCAGCCGCAAUGCUCGCCUCAAGCGUCGGAUGUCAUCUCCGCUCAAGCAUGAGUACCACCCCUCCGAUGUCUCGUCGGACAGCUCGGCCUCUCUGAGCGAGAGCGAUUCUGAGCUAUCCGAGUCCUCCAGCGACGAUUUGGGUGAAGACGAUGUGCCCGAAACCAUCCCGGGAUACAGCAUCAAGGAACUUGAAGCCACCCCAGCCGAGUCCGUUGCGUCAGAAAACAGCGUCACGCCGUCCCAUUCGGCCUCGCAGAUGGAGAUUUACGGCCCAGAUGAUUCAAAGCCAGAACGACCGGCACAGAAUUUUGUUGGCUCCGUUUCGUACUGGUCUAGUAGGCGGGGUGUGUGGAAAGAUGUCAACAAUGGCCAGCCGGCUUCGAUCGUUGUUCAUCCCGGCUCCAUGGAAGUCCACUACCUUGACGAACAGGAAUCAACCCGAAAAGCGUACCCCCUGCAGUCCUCUGGCACAUCUGAAAUUGACGACAGCAACAGGAGUGCUGGUACUAUUGUGCCGCUUGUUGCGCUUGUCUUGACUCCGGUGGUUAUGAUCCGCCGGAGUACAGCCCUCGACCUGGAGGUUCGCAGUCCGGCGUCUCCGGAGGCGCGGUUGAAGCUCGAGGCCACCAUGUUCCGCUUCCGUGCGGCCAACCAAGCUGAAGCUAAAGACCUCUACGAUGCUGUCCACAACAGCCGUCUGAACAAUGCCAGGUAUAUUCAACUUAGCGAAGAAUCGCGCUUCCGGUCUUUUGGCCAAAUGCAGCCGAAUCCUGGAGAGGGAAGCAUGGACGGCACCUCCAGCCGCCGGACAGGCUGGUUUGGCCGCAAGAACAGCUACCGCGCAUCUACCAGGGCGCCGAGCGUCUCUCAAGGCAGCAUCUCAACCACUGUUUCAGCGGGCAGCUUCCUCCGGCGCCUGAUGGGCGGUGGAAACAACAACUCCUACAACAUUGACGAGUCCACCCUCGACAAGCCGCGUCCAAACUCGGCAGCCCUGCCCGGUAGCGGCAGCCUCUACACGUCGAGCUCCGGCUCCGGUUCCGGCUCAGGCUCCGUAACCCCCCCAAGAAGCGCAUCCGUGUCGCUCUCGAACUCCGGAAGCCAGAGCCGCUGGACCUCGGGCUUCGCCAAAACUUUCUCGCCGGACCAACCUCUGGAAAUCCGUUGCCAUCUCAAUGUACAAAACAACCGCUGGCUCGACAAGGGCGAUUGUAUCUUGAACAUUAGCCGCCCACCUCCCGGGGUCCGUCAGGAACUGCCCCUAUACAAUGGCCUCGAGAAGCGCAUCAUCGUGACACAUGCAACGAAAAAGAAUGCGGAUCGGCCACUGAUCCUGCUGGAUGCAGUUCUAGGGUCCAAGUGUUUCAGUUUGUUGGGGAGUAAGGGGGUGAUGUGCAGUGUGUGGGAGAACCUGAGAGAUGAGGAGGGUAAUGUUGGAGUGGCGCCGAAGAGUGGUGCAAUUGCUGGCAAGGUGACUAAGUGGUGCUUCCAGUGCAAGAGCAUGCAGCAGGCGGGAUGGAUUAUGCAGUUGUUGACGACCGAAGUGCCAGGGAUAAUGAUGCGGUAG